UAAUACUGUACUGUGUUUUUCAGAUGCGUAAUAGACAAAGGGGAUCUGAUCUCGGCCUGCUCCUACUGGCCUCUCAGGUUUUCCAGCUGGGAAUCGACAACAUCCCACCUGUCACUCUUGCAACGCUGGGUCUGAACGUCUAUUUGUUCCUGUUUCCUGCCAAACCCCUCCUACAGACGUGUUUAAGUGUUCGAGAGGCGUACUUGUACAGAGACUGGAGUCGUCUGCUGCUGUCACCGUUUCAUCAUGCUGAUGACAUGCACUUAUACUUCAACAUGGCCUCGCUCCUUUGGAAGGGCAUCAAACUGGAAAGGAAACUGGGAGGCGCCUGGUUUGCGUACCUGCUCUCUGUCUUCUCUCUGCUCACCGGAUUGGUGUACCUGCUCCUGGAGACAGGACUGACACACAUGACAGAAGACUCAUCAUAUAGUUUACAGUGUGCAGUGGGCUUCUCAGGUGUUCUGUUUGGGCUGAAGGUGGUGAAUAAUCAUUAUCAUCCAGGAGGGGCCACAUACAUCAUGGGGCUGCCCAUAGCCAAUCGCUACUCCUGCUGGGUAGAGUUGAUCCUCAUCCAUAUCAUGAACCCUGGGACAUCAUUUAUCGGACACCUGGCUGGGAUCCUGGUCGGUCUGCUCUACACAGCUGGACCACUAAAGAGCCUCAUGAAAACUUGUGCAGGCUUUGUGACAUCUAAUGGGCAACAUGGAGGGCAACAAACAUACUAUAAUUCAUCAGGAUACAGUGGAUAUGGCAUGCCGUAUCCACCAAACUCCCAGUAUGGACAGCAGUCGUUUAAUAAUGGCGCCCCCUACAGGCAGCAGUAUGACACACACAGGCCCUCUGCACCGCCCCAGCAUCCCUAUACAGCAGGUCUGUCAGAAGAUGAGCAGUACGAGGCAGCUGUCAGGGCCAGCCUGAAUGACAGAGGUGGUUUUACGCAGGCUAGAUCAUCACGUGGUACUUAUGCCCACUCAAACCCAACUCCUGAAGAGAUCCGCUGGCGACGGCUUCAGAGGUUUACCAGCUGAACAACUGGAGAAUGUGACAAUGAUAAUACUAGCAGAAUUUUUUUUUACAUUAAAUACAACACUAACAACCAUUCAGAGCUAGCGGAGAAUAUUCCUCCACUGCUGACUGGUUGUGUCAUUGAAUAGCUUUUAUGAUGUCAUCAGUGGGAGGUCUCAAAGGCUGUUCCCUGUAUUUCUAAUUGCAAAAAGUUUGUAUGCACAUUUGUUUGGGCACUAAAUACUGAUCUCUUUGUAUGAAUGCUAAAAGUUGAACAUUAUUGACGUGAACAUUCAUGACAUGGCUGUGGAUGAGAGUGCCUUUUGCAGUAUGUUGAAUGUACAGUAAUUUGAUUUUGUCAGUGUGCCAUUAAGUCUUAGUAAAUGUUUGUGAAAUCUCUCAAGCUUAUAGCACUUGAUUAUUUCCAAACAACGUUUCUUCUUAAGUGACUUGUACUUUGUUUCUUAAGAAAGUAUAUUUUUGUAAAUAAACAAUAAAUCAUUCUUAUUCUGGUA